AUGUGGGUGCGUAAAGGAGUUAUUAGCAUUAUUGAUCUCAGUAAUGAAUACUUUCUAGUAGCUUUUUCACAUGAUGAUGAUAAGAAGUUAGCAAUGUUGAACGGUCCUUGGUUUAUAUACGAUCACUAUCUCACUUUCAAAGAUUGGAGACCAAACUUUCAACCAGAUAGCGAUUCCAUUGUUGAAGUGGCUGUUUGGGUGAGAAUAUCGGGAUUGCCCAUUGAAUACUAUGAUCUGAGGUCCUUGACAGCUUUUGGGAAUCAGAUUGGUAGCACGAUCAAGGUGGACAAAACAACUAUUAAAAAAGAACGCGGGAAAUAUGCUAGAAUAUGUGUUACAGUCAACUUAACUAAGCCUCUUCUGGCCAUGUUUGAAAUCAAUGGCAGUUGCUAUAAAUUUGAGUACGAAGGUCUCCAUCUUUUGUGUCUCUCGUGUGGUAGAUACGGGCACUAUAAAGAAGGUUGCAUGCACAGAGAAAAGGAGAGUAAUGUUGUUGAUGAUAGGAAUACCAUGAGAAUGGGAGAUAAAGAUGUGCGUAUGAAUGGAGAAGGCAGUGGAGCAAAGUAUGUUGAUAAUGGUCCAUGGCAAAUCGUGCAGAAGCCGAGAAGGAAUAAGCGUGCUGCUGAUGGCCGGAAAGCUUCUUCUCCGGCGAACUUCAAUGGGAGCAUUAAUGGAGUGGGAUCUCGUUUUCUUGUUUUGGAGAAUGAGGAUGGCGUAAUUAAUACUAUUACUUUGGAGAAUAAUGUGGAGACUGAAAAGGUAUCUGAGGAUGUUGGUGUGGCACAAAUCAUGCAUGGGAAUAAUAUUGCUACCAAUAAUAGUAGGAGAGAGAAAGUGAAUAUGGGGAAAGAGAAAGUUACGUAUGGGGGACCAAUUUUUAAUCUCUCACCAUAUUUGACCAAUUCAGUCAAUGAUUUGGCUAUCCAUGGGGACACAAUUAAGGAACACAUUAAUAGCAAGAAAGGUGGGACCAUCAUGGGGAGUGGUAGGAGACGUCACCACGUAGUACCACAAGAAAAUAAAAAGUUCCAUAUAGCAGCACGUGGGGGAGUAGCAGUGAAGGAAAAUGCUAGCAGCAUUAGUAAAAAAGGUUUGGAAGAUAUCUUCGGCCAGUCUGCCAGUUCUGACCAAACUAGAAUGGAGAAGGCAAAUAUCUUCACCAUUGAGAAACCACCGGAUCCUCCGAGUGUUGAUGGUACUGGUAGUCAAGCCAUUGAUGCAGCCAUGAAUCUGAUGACUGAUUGUUCAGUUGGUACUGUGGUUGGAAAGGAUAUUAAUUAUGAAUAUUCAGUGGAAGAUGCUGCUAGCAGUGCUUUCUUUAGAAUUUGCAAACAAUAUGUAGAUAGCCACAAGCCUUCUAUGAUUGUUAUUGUUGAGACUAGACAUCUUUUGUGGGAAGAACUGAUUAAUCUGGCUGCUAACAUCAAUGAGCCUUGGAUGUUGGCAGGAGAUUUUAACGAUUUAGCUGAUCCUAGUGAUAAAAAAGGUGGUGCUCCUAUUUCCGUGAGAAGGUGUAAGAAUUUUCUGAACAGAGUGAAUAUGUGUAAGCUUAAUGAGUUGGUGUCGCAUGGUCCUAAGUUUACUUGGAAAGGUCCUGUUUAUCAUGGUGGCCAAGACAUUUAUGAGAAGCUUGAUAGAGUUAUGAGCAAUGAUUUGUGGAGAUUGAAUUUUCCUGAUGUUUUUGUUAAGGUGUUGGUGAGGGUAGCUUUUUCUGAUCAUCACCCUGUCCUCAUUAAUCUUAAGGAGGAUUACGUUUGCCCUAGGAUCCAUGAUUUCAAGUUUGAAAGUGCAUGGAUGAUGCAUGAGACUUAUCAGGAUAUGUUGAAAGGCUGUUGGCAGAAGGACGACAAUUUGAACCAGAAUCUCAGCAAUAUCGUUAAUGGUAUUAAGCAGUGGAAGUUUGAAACUUUUGAUCAAGUGCAUCGUGGUAAAAGAUCCGUUACUAAUAGGCUUAAUGGUGUGCAAAGAAGUCUUCAAAUUAACGACAAUUCUGGUGGUAUGAAGGCGCUUGAAAUAAAACUUCAAAAUGAGUUAAGUAGAAUUCUCAAUCAAGAAGAACUCAUGUGGUUCCAACGCUCUAGAACGAUGUGGCUGGCAGACGGUGAUAGAAAUACUAGAUAUUACCAUAUGAAGGCUAUCAAUCAUAGAAAAAGAAACAGAAUCUUGAUGCUUAAAGAUGAUAAUGACUCUUGGAUAGAAGACAGUUCUCAACUUCAACAGCAUGCGACUAAUUUCUAUAUGAAUUUGUUUUCCUCUCCUAACAGAUGGAGUAAUUGGAUGCAAACUGAUAUCAGCUUUCCAAAACUUGAGCAUUUUGAGCUUAAGCUCUUGAAUGUUCCUAUUUGUGCUGAGGAGGUCUAUAAGGCUCUUUUCUCUAUGAAGCCUUGGAAGGCCCCCGGUCCCGACGGCUUUCCCGCGGGGUUCUAUCAGAAGGCUUAUGACGAAUUAUCGAAAAAGUGUCAUUGGUAUUGGCAGCGCUGCUUGUAA